AUGCGAACUCUUGAGCUGGCGGAUGUGUCAAAUUUUCGAUGUCUCAUGCAGGUUGCGAUUCUUUCUACCUUAGUCAGCACUUACUCAAAGGGGUUCUCUCUCAUAAUAGAACCGAGCGAAGCAAGUCAACCAGGGCAAUUAACACUGUCAUGCAUGGAUGCCUCAAUUGCCAUUCGACCAGUGAUGGAGCGGUUUCAGACGGUAGUGAUUACAUCCGGGACAUUGUCACCUCUGGAGAUGUACCCGAAAAUCUUAGACUUCGAACCAGCUGUCAUGGCUAGUCUUACAAUGACUUUAGCUCGACCUUGUUUGAGUCCAUUAGUGGUGGCAAGAGGGAAUGAUCAGGUUGCUAUGACUUCCCGGUUCGAGCAAAGAAGCGAUGUGGCGGUUAUUAGAAAUUACGGCAAUUUAGUUCUUGAAAUGGCUGCUGUAGUACCGGAUGGUAUGGUUGUAUUUUUCACCAGCUAUGUGUACAUGGAGUCUGUAAUAGCUGUGUGGUAUGAGCAAGUAGGUUUUCAUUGUGAGAUGUUCCCUUUGAAUUUAAAUGUCGUUACGGGAUGUAUGGAGAAGAGCUCAAUGACUUUGCUCAUCCAUGAACAUUGGCUUUUGAAACAAGGGAAUUUAGCAUAA